AUGUCCAAUUUUCUCAACCAUGACUACGGAUCGGAGGAGGAGGAUGAUGACUUCAAUCCCGCACCUGUAGACGACUCAGACGCCGAGGACUCCAAGCCCCAGAAGCGACGCGCGAGUCCCGAGGAGGCCACCGAUGAUGUGAAGUACAACCGUGGCGAUGGCGAUGAUGCCAAGAACGCCGACGACGACGAUGAAGAGGAAGAAGACGAAGAGGAGGAGAACGACGAUGACGAGGAUGAGGAAGAGGAAGAGGAUGACGAACAGGCCGUGGAACGUCCGCGCAAGCGUCGCAGGGGAGGUGUUCACUCCUUCUUCGAGGAGGAGGCGGGUGUCGACGAGGAAGAAGACGAGGCGGAGGACGAAGAGGAUGAGCUUGCUGAAUUCGGUACCGAAAUGCACCCUGACGACCUCGAUGCCCUGCCCGCUGGUGCCGAAACCGACGAUCGGCGUCACCGGCAGCUCGACAGACAACGUGAACUUGAUGCGACAAUGGACGCAGAGAAACAGGCGCAAAUGCUCAAGGAGCGUUAUGGUCGGAAUCGGGCUGCUGCCACAGAUGCUCUGGUCGUCCCAAAGCGGCUUUUGCUCCCUAGUGUGGAAGAUCCUAGCAUCUGGGGCUGUCGAUGCAAGCCUGGCAAAGAGAGAGAAGUUGUAUACUCGAUCCAGAAGCGCAUGGAAGAGCGACCGGCAAACUCUCGCAACCCAAUCCGCCUGAUUUCAGCCUUUGAGCGUGGAAACAUCAUGCAAGGUUGGUUCUAUUGCGAAGCUCGCAGACAAGCCGAUGUGACGGAUGCCUUGGAGGGUAUCGGAUUCUACUAUCCUUCCCAGAAGAUGACGUUGGUCCCUGUCAAGGAGAUGCCGGAUCUUCUGCGGGUCCAGAAAUCCGAAGAGCUCAUGCCUGGAGGCUGGGUUCGCAUUAAGCGUGGAACAUACCAGGGCGACCUUGCCCAAAUCGAGGAGGUUGAGACCAACGGUCUUAUGGUCACUGUCCGAUUAGUCCCACGCCUGGACUAUGGAAUGAACGACGACAACGCCGCUUUGCUUGGACCGGAUGGCAAGCGCAAGCGUGCGGCCGCCAACAAGAUUCGACCCCCGCAACGUCCUUUUAGUGAAGCGGAAGCAAAGAAGAAGCACGCCAAGUAUCUUUCCGCUACAUCUGGACUGGGCGGCAAGUCUUGGAGCUAUCUCAACGAGACCUACAUUGACGGUUUCCUCAUCAAAGACAUGCGUGUUCAACACUUGAUCACCAAGAAUGUCAACCCCCGCUUGGAGGAAGUGACUAUGUUCGCUCGUGGCGGCGAAGACGGGACUGCGAACUUGGAUCUUGCUUCACUCGCUGAAACGUUGAAGAACUCGACUGCCGAAGAGUCCUACCGACCCGGUGACCCAGUGGAGGUUUAUCGCGGCGAACAGCAAGGGUUGAUUGGUCGUACUGUGUCAACUCGGGGUGCUAUUGUCUCCCUGCAAGUAACUGAAGGAGACUUGGCAGGCCAGACCAUUGACGCCCCUGUCCGCACCCUUCGCAAGCGUUUCCGCGAGGGUGACCACGUCAAGGUCAUCGGUGGCAGUCGGUACCUUGAUGAACUCGGCAUGGUUGUCCAAGUCAAGGAUGACACAGUUACUCUGCUCAGUGACAUGAGUAUGCAGGAAAUCACGGUUUUCAGCAAGGACCUACGUCUUUCCGCCGAAAUGGCCGCCGAUGGUCAACUUGGUAUUUAUGACGUUCACGACCUUGUCCAGCUCGAUGCGGCGACCGUUGCCUGCGUCAUCAAAGUGGAUCGUGAAACCCUUCGCGUCUUGGAUCAAAACGGGUCUGUCCGCGACGCUUUACCGUCUCAAAUCGCCAACAAAAUUGAUCCUCGUCGGGAUGCUGUUGCAACCGAUCGCAACGGGGCAGAAAUCCGCAAUGGAGAUACUGUCCGUGAGGUGUUUGGAGAGCAACGAAGCGGCAAGAUUUUACACGUUUACCGCUCCUAUCUCUUCCUGCACAAUAAGGCGCAAACUGAAAACGCGGGUAUCUCUGUCGUCCGCACUAUCAACGUUGUCACUGUCUCUGCACGUGGUGGCCGUCCUGUUGGGCCCGACUUGGCCAAGUUGAACCCUGCUUUGGCCAAGCAGAACCCCAUCAACAAUAUGCCACCUCCACGCCGUGGCCGAGAUCGACUUGUGGGUAAAACCAUCUCUGUUAGCAAGGGCCGCUACAAGGGACUUUUUGGUAUUGUUCGAGCUGCCGACGAUAAAACUGCCACCGUCGAACUGUACACAACCAAUAAGCCGAUCUUGAUCCCUCGCGAUAUCCUCAUUGUUAAAGAUCCGAUUACGAAGCAGACCGUGGACAUGGGAGGAAGACCCGCCUCACGCGUGCCGUCGCACUCAGGCUCUGGCUCCCAGGGAGGCGGUUGGCAGGGCGGUCGUACUCCGAUGGCCGCGGCAGAUUCCUCCAGAACUCCAGCUUGGGGUGGUGCGUCUUCGCGAACACCUGCGUGGGGCGGUAUGAGCGGUUCACGCACGCCUGCAUGGAAGAACGAUGGGUCCCGAACCUCGAACCCCUAUGCUGACGGCAGCCGUACGGCUUAUGGUGGAAUUGGUAAUCGCACACCGGCCUGGAACUCUGGCUCUCGUACUCCACACGAUGCCGGCGCAGGUUAUGAUGCGUUUGCGUCGGGGUCGCGGACUCCCGCAUGGGGUGCAGCUGGGGCUGGGAACAGAACCCCUGCCUGGGGUGGCCUCGCAAGCAAUCGAGACCAACGAGAUUUCGAUGACGCUCCCACGCCCGGUGGGAAUUACUCUGCGCCCACGCCCGAUGGAUAUGGUGCUCCUACGCCUGGUGCUUCCGCCCCGACGCCUGCGGGAUGGGCUGAAAGCGCCCCAACCCCCGGUGGUGCCUUCAGCGCUCCAACUCCCGGCGCGAUGCCCAAGCGUGGUGGCUACGACGCUCCCACACCUGCAUUUGAUGCGCCAACUCCGGCCAUGGGUGUCCCCGCCACACCUGGUGCGGGUUACGGUGAUGAUGAUGGCGGCCCUCGUUAUGAUGAGGGUACGCCCAGUCCUUGA